AGUAUACACAUAUGUAGUUGCUUCUCAACUCGUUACUAAAGCCACCGAAGAAGACGAUUCAGUAACGCAAACAUGGCUUAUCUUUUAGUCAGCAAUAAAAGUAACUUUUCCGAAUGCAAAUAACUGUUCUGGUUCAGCCUUUGGAAGAAUUCACGUCCAGUCUCAAGAAGAACUAACGUUAGUUGAAUUAGAGCUGGGCAUCGGAAGUCAAAGACUUGUUAAAAUGGAGCAAGGUUUGCCAUCUGCGAAAGCAGUUUCUCAGCACUUCAUGAAUGGAUGGUUAAAAAGCGAAGAGGACAGUUCACUGACCUUGCAAUCAGACUUCAUUAAGUCAGAAAUACAAGUUAAAGUGGAACCUGAUCAAGAUGACUCUUCAAUGCUUGAUGUGAACGAGUUAGGAACACUUUCUCGUUCUCAGGGGAAUGUUAAAGAGGAGUUUUUGGACCUUGGUCUGCAAAUCUUACCAACUGGCCUAAUGCCUCCAGUUGAGAUGGAAGAAGAGCUUGAAAUCACAGCGAACACACACACUUCUCCAGAUAAACCUCUGAAUAGAAGAACUGAUGCAUCAAGCAAAAGAAAGAAAUGCACAGACAAGAAAAGAACAUCAAGAAAAAGAAAAUCAACAGAGCCAUCAGAACAAGUUAAACCAACUAAAAUGAAUUCUGAUGUGUCAAGUGAAAGAAUGAAAUCUUUAAUAAUGCAGGGAAACGCCGCACAACAUCCAGAGAAAGCAGUUUUGUCUAUGGUGUGCCUUAAAAAGCCUGCAGCUGAGGUUACAAAUACACUAAGAGAAGAAUAUGAAUCCAUUGCUGCCCCGGAUUUGGAAUCUGAGGUCUCUGAUAGUGAUGGCCCGGAUUUGACAGAAGGUCAGGAAACUGUCCUCACAGACUUCGAGUUCUCAUCUGAGGAAUCUAGUGAUGAAGAGAGUGAAGAUCGCUCGAGUCGAUGGAGCAAAGGAGACUCUUAUUGGAGCAAAUAUCCUCCUCAAAGCGAAACCAUGACCUCACAGAGCUGUCCAGGGCCUGCACCAGGGUCUUCAGUAGAGACACCUAAAGAUGCCUGGGAACUUUUCAUGAGCGAAAACAUCAUUGAUGAGAUCCUGCAAUGCACCAACUUGGGUGGACUGAGAGCAGCAUUAGCAAAAGGCAAAGUGUGGCAAAAGAUCACUAAAGAGGAGCUAAAAGCCUUUAUUGGUCUGAGCCUUCUCAUUGGUGUGGAGAGAAGUUGCGAUGUCCCAAUCCGGGAACUGUUUAUGGAUCCGUUACAGAACCCGCUGUAUAGAGCUACCAUGUCUGUGGGUAGAUAUCAAGACCUUCACAGAUUCCUGCAAUUUGACAACAAGAAAACCAGGGUGGCAAGAGAGGCAUCAGACCACAUGGCAGCCUUCCGAAAUGUGUGGGACCUGUUCCUGAUCAACUGCAGGAAAAGGUUCAUUCCGAGGGAUUGUGUCACUGUGGGUGAGCAGCUUGUGCCAUUCCAGGGAAGAUGCAAGUUUCUUCAACACGUGCCAAGCCGCCCUAACAAGAGUGGCAUAAAAAUCUUUUGGAUGUGCGAUGCUGAGGUCCCCUACGCCAUUGAUGGGGUCAUCUACACAGGCAGACAGCCGGGAGAGGAGACUGAGGAGAACCUUACAGAGAACACAGUCCUGAGAUUGUCCAAUGGACUUCAGCAAAAAGGUCUCAACAUUACAAUGGACAGCUACAUCACCAGUGUCCCUCUGGCAGAGAAGCUUUUCGAGAAAAGCUUGACCAUGGUUGGGGCCCUUCACCAUAAGAAUCCACAUGUGCCGCCGAUUAUGAAGCCAUCCAAGUUACGAGCACUACAUACCUCCGAGUUUGGCUUUUGUGGCAAAGUCUUCAUGGUGAGCUAUGUGCCAAAACUAAAAAAGGCAGCGAUUCUGUUGAGUACAAUGCAUACCAGCAAUGCGCUGAAUGAAACAAGUGCUAAAAACAAGCCAGAGGUCAUUCAGUACUACAACCGCACCAAAGGAGGAGUCAGCAGCGUUAAGCUAAUGGCUGAAAAUUAUACUUGCAAGCGCCAAACAAAGAGAUGGCCUAUGCUGCUUUGGUAUAACAUGUUGGAUAUUGCCAUUGUAAACUCCUACUGCAUUUUCACUGCUCAGCACCCUAGCUUCAUAGGAGGUGGUCAUAACACCCAGCGGUUGUUCGUAAAAGAGCUAGUGAAAGAGCUUGUAGUGCCUCAGAUACAUAGGCGCAGAGAAGAAAGCCCUGGAUUAUCCAUGAUCAUUCUUGAGGCCAUGGACAGAUGUGGGAUGUCCACAUCAUUGUCAGCUGUCAAUUUCGAGCUGCAAGAACAGAGCUGUCAGAACAGAAUAAGAAAAAGAUGUUAUUACUGUCCGUCUGGAAGAGACAGAAAAGUGAGCAAGUUCUGUAGUGAAUGCAGUCGCCCUGUCUGCAAAGAUCACAGUCACAUGUUGGUGAUUUGCUACCGGUGCAUGCCUUAAGCCCCAUACAGAAACAGUUUCUAUAUUUCUAUUCUGAAGUGAUAAUGACUGUUCUGCUGACAAGGAUUUCUUAAAGCACUGUUCUUUAAAAGAUUUAGUGUGUAUCGUAAAUAUGGUUUCUUUAAUUACUUGAAUUUAUUUAAUCUUUGAUUAAUUAUCUUUAAUUGUACAGUGUAAAUUUGACAUCUAUGUUUUUAGAUAUAAUGUUGAAUUCAAUGAUAUUUUGAUCAGUUUUAUGCAUUAAACUUGAAAAUGUUGACUUAUCAAAAUUGAAUCGUUUACUAAACAUGUAUACAUUUAUAUGAAUGCUGUGCAUCUAAUCAAAUCCCAGAUACAUUCUUGGGGGUAAUGUUACCUGUUCAAUUUAGAUCAGUCAGGUGAAUGAAGUCUUGAAAAGUGUCUGCAGAAAGACAAGUGAGUAUAUUAACAACACCACAAGGUGGAGCACUAAUCAGAUUGAGAUUGUAGGCCAGAAAACCUCAGGUGAAUUAAUAAAUUGUUGUUUUGUUGGUUUGCUGUGUGAGAAUCCUUUAGAGUAUUUAAAAACCCAUCAAAAUGCAGUCGUUAUGUUCUGCGUGUAUUUAUUUAUUCUUUCUUCUUCUUAGUAGGCCUUUUAUUUUCUUUACCGCUUCUGCUUAAAUAUGAUUGAUUAAACUGAAAACAAAUGUUCAUUCAAAAACUAAUACCUGAUGUGAUUGGUC